AUGGAACAAAGGGAACACUCCCGCACAAAAUGGAUCGUAUGCGUGAUUGCUUUGAUUUCCUUUUGGAGUCCCGCUAACGGACAGUUUAGAUAUUCUGUGAACGAGGAAGUUCAGGAAGGAACAGUUGUUGGGAAUAUCGCAAAGGAUUUAGGUCUUGAUAAGACGACGCUCAAAGAGAGGGGGGUGCGUAUUGUCUACGGCUCCACGGAGCCUCCUUUCACCGUGAAUCAGGAUGACGGCGUCUUGUUUGUGAACCGAAACAUCGACCGAGAGCAAAUCUGCGACCGCAGCAAGGUUUGUGUUGUGGAUUUAAAAACGGUGCUGCAGAACCCGCUGGAGAUCCAUCACGUCUCGGUGGAGAUUCUGGACGUGAAUGACCAUGCGCCGAGCUUCCCCGAGAAUAAAAUCAUGUUAGAGAUUUCUGAAUCUGCAUUACAAGGAGCCAAAUUCCAGCUAAAAGCAGCUCGUGAUGCUGACAGUGGGUUAUUAUCCGUCCAGCAGUAUAAACUAAGUAAUAACGAUCAUUUCAGAUUAGAAGUGAAGGAUCGCGGUGAGGACCGUAAAACACCAAGUUUAGUUCUUGAAAAGCCACUUGACAGGGAAUCAGUGAAAAGCCACGUGCUGCUACUGACAGCUUUAGAUGGAGGGAGACCUCCAAAGUCUGGAAACAUGACCAUAAUAGUUAAUGUUUCUGAUGUUAAUGACAACCCGCCCGUUUUCAGCCAGGAGUCAUAUUCUGUGUCUUUAAAGGAGAACUCCCCUGUAGGUACAACUGUCAUCCAGAUUAAUGCAACAGAUCCAGAUGAAGGUUCAAAUGGAGAUGUUUUUUAUUCAUUUGGCAAGGAUGUGGAGCCACGUGCUCGUGCUCUUUUUAGUUUAAAUCCAGAGACUGGAGUCAUUGUUGUGGCGGGUAAUAUAGAUUUUGAAGAAACUACAAAAUUAGAAAUUGAUGUUCAGGCAUCUGAUAAAGGUGCAGCUACCAUGACAACGGACAAAACCAUAUUCAUCACUAUUAUUGACUUAAAUGAUAAUGCUCCAGAGAUUGAAGUGACAUCUUUUUCACACGCGCUGCCGGAAGAUUCCAAGCCAGGGACAACAGUGGCUUUGAUUAGUGUAAAAGACUCAGAUUCAGGUCUCAUGGGAAAGGUUAUGUGCUUCAUAAACCAAGAAAUCCCAUUUCUGCUCACUCCAUCUUUACAAAAUAACAUGUAUUCUUUAGUAACAAAACAUCUGUUAGACAGAGAACAUCAGUCUCAUUACAGUGUGAUAAUAGUUGCAAAAGACGCAGGAGAUCCAGCCUUAUCUUCAGAAAAAAAUAUAGAUAUUAUUGUAUCUGAUGUGAAUGAUAACAGGCCAGUUUUCUCCCAGAGCCCAUAUACAUUUUACAUAACUGAGAAUAACCAACCAGGGGAGAGGAUAUUCUCAGUGACAGGUCAGGAUCAGGAUGACGGCAGUAACGCUCAUAUUUCAUAUCUUAUUAUGAGGGAUAAAAAUGUAGAGAACAAGCUGUCAUCUUUUCUAAACAUACACUCUGAAACAGGAGCUAUAAUCUCCCUGAAGAGCUUUGACUUUGAAAGUCUGAAAACUUUCCAGUUCCAAGUUGUGGCCACAGAUUCUGGAGCUCCAUCUCUGAGCAGCAACGUGACAGUGAACGUGUUCAUUCUGGAUCAGAACGACAACGCUCCAGUCAUCCUGUAUCCAGUCAGCUCCAACGGUUCUGCUGAAGGUGUGGAGGAGAUUCCCCGCAACGUGCACACAGGACACUUGGUGACUAAAGUCAGAGCCUAUGAUGCUGAUAUAGGAUAUAACGGCUGGCUGCUGUUCUCCAUGCAGGAAGUGAGUGAUCACAGUCUGUUUGGUUUGGACCGUUACACAGGACAGAUCAGAACCCUCCGCUCAUUCACAGAGACAGACGAAUCCAUAUAUGACGUCAUAAUAGUUGCAAAAGAUGGAGGGGAACCGUCGUUAACAUCUGAGAAAAAUAUUAAAGUGAUAAUAUCAGAUGUGAAUGAUAACAGUCCAGUUUUCUCACAUAGCCCCUACACAUUUUAUAUAAGUGAGAAUAAUACACCUGCGGAGAAGAUUUUCUCAGUGACAGCUCAGGAUCAGGAUGAAGGCAGUAACGCUCAGAUUUCAUACUUUAUUUCGAGGGAUAGAGAGGGGGCAAACAUGCUCACAUCAUUUUUAAACAUUAAUUCAGAAACUGGAGAUAUUGUUGCAAUGAAGAGUUUUGACUUUGAAAGUCUGAAAACUUUCCAGUUCCAAGUUGUGGCCACAGAUUCUGGAGCUCAGUCUCUGAGCAGCAACGUGACAGUGAACGUGUUCAUUCUGGAUCAG